CUCCCCUCAAAAUUAAAAUUUCCCCAUUCUUCUUUUAUUUGCAUCAUCGCCACAAAGUACACCACUGUUGUAAGGAUCAGAAAUCCUUGAUAUACUUCUCUAACUCGAGAGCUUCAAAUUGCUCUCUAAUGGCGUAAAAUAGAAUUCGCAACAAAAAGGAGUUAUCAAAAUUUACUUGUACACCAUUCUUCAAUUUUUAAGCGUCAAAUAAUAGAAUUUGCCAGAUCCCAUUUCCUUCUCCUUCUUCUUUCUCACUGAUCUGAAUCUCUUAAUUUUGAAAUAUUAGGAGAAAUAAAAUUUUUCUAGGGUUUCUGCUGAGUUUCAUCGAUCGAAGAAAUCAUGUCGGGAGCGGCCUCUGCGCUGUUCCUUCUAGACAUUAAAGGUAGAGUUCUCAUAUGGCGGGAUUAUCGCGGCGAUGUUUCAGCGGUUCAAGCUGAGAGAUUCUUCACUAAGUUCAUUGAGAAAGAGGGGGAUCCACAGUCACAAGAUCCAGUCGUGCACGAUAAUGGUAUUACAUACAUGUUCAUACAACACAACAAUGUGUAUCUACUUAUUGCUGCUAGACAAAACUGCAAUGCUGCUAGUCUUCUUCUCUUUCUCCACCGUUUAGUUGAUGUUUUCAAACAUUACUUUGAAGAACUAGAAGAGGAAUCUCUUAGAGAUAACUUUGUUGUAGUGUAUGAGUUACUUGACGAGAUUAUGGAUUUCGGUUACCCUCAGUUCACUGAAGCAAAGAUCCUUAGUGAGUUUAUUAAAACUGAUGCUUAUCGGAUGGAAGUCACACAAAGGCCUCCCAUGGCUGUAACGAAUGCAGUUUCAUGGCGUAGUGAAGGAAUAGCUUACAAGAAGAAUGAAGUAUUCUUGGAUGUUGUUGAGAGUGUUAAUAUACUUGUAAACAGCAAUGGGCAAAUAAUUAGAUCAGAUGUUGUUGGGGCAUUGAAGAUGAGAACGUAUUUAAGUGGGAUGCCUGAAUGUAAACUAGGCCUGAAUGACAGAGUUUUACUGGAGGCUCAAGGGCGAACUACUAAGGGGAAGGCUAUCGACCUGGACGAUAUUAAAUUUCAUCAGUGUGUGCGUCUGGCUCGUUUUGAAAAUGAUAGGACCAUAUCAUUUAUACCUCCUGAUGGAUCCUUUGAUCUCAUGACAUAUAGACUCAGUACUCAGGUGAAGCCUUUAGUUUGGGUUGAAGCACAGAUUGAGAGACACUCAAGAAGUCGUAUUGAGAUAAUGGUGAAAGCAAGAAGCCAGUUUAAGGAGCGAAGCACUGCAACAAAUGUUGAGAUUGAACUUCCAGUGCCAGCUGAUGCCACCAAUCCAAAUAUUCGCACAUCAAUGGGGUCUGCUUCUUAUGCUCCUGAGAAGGAUGCUUUAGUUUGGAAGAUAAAAUCUUUCCCUGGUGGCAAGGAAUACAUGUUGAGGGCAGAGUUCAGUCUUCCUAGCAUCACCAGUGAUGAGGCAACUCCUGAAAGAAAAGCUCCUAUACGUGUAAAAUUUGAAAUCCCGUAUUUCACAGUUUCAGGAAUCCAGGUUCGUUAUCUUAAGAUCAUUGAGAAGAGUGGAUACCAGGCUCUGCCAUGGGUGAGGUACAUAACAAUGGCUGGCGAGUAUGAGCUGAGGCUAAUGUAACUAUGAAAUCUCAACUGGUGAUCCAAUUGGUAUAAGGUAUGUUCAUCUGUACUUCGGGACAGAAUUGGAGAGUUGGACGCGGAAGAGCCUCAGGCAAAUUUGGUUUCUUUCCAUGGGCUGAGGAGUCUAUUGUGGCACAUCUCCAUUCUCAAGAUGAUGAGUCUGCAUUCAUCAUCUUUAAUUUGUUGCAUACACUUGAGAGUUUGUGAUUGUGAAGAAAUGUCUGUGCCAUUAGCAUAUUUUGGUUUAAUCUUUUGAUAGUUCAUGUGCAAAUUUUUCCGCCAGUGAUGUGAAAAUUGUGCUCUAUUGGUAGUUUAAACUCUGAAAUGAAUUUUGCACGUCACUUUCAAUUUACUAUUCCAGGACUAGACUGUGAUGUGGUGUUUGUAAUCUGUUAUGAAAUUUGUAAUUUUACCUGA